GUGCACAUCUUAUGUUAAACUGUUAAAUAUUGUCAUCCAUAUAUAGUUGGUAAAAUGGGUAGGUUGGGUAGCGGGUCAAAUGGGUUAUUUUUUUAUAUGGGUCCAAACAAGUCGUAAUUGUCAUUAUAAUAAUAUAUUCUGUUAAAAAGUAAAGCGAUUUGAGAGGUUUCAUGGAUUUGAAUAUACUUUGGACCACUUUAUUACCCAUUCAACUUGUUUCCUUUCUACAAACACAUUCUGAUUUCACAUUUUUAUAUGGGUGUAUGUAAUCAUGCAAUACUGGCAUAUAUAUUCUCUUGGGUAAUUCACAGAAAAGUCAAUGGAAGAGUCAACUGAGAGAAGAGAAAGACUUAAAGCUAUGUGAAUGGAAGCUUCACAGGAGGAUGCAGCUUAUAAUAAAAAUCAUUCAGCUGUUAGUCUCGCAAACCCGUUACUUGAAUCCACAACUAACUCUGAAACUAAGGCGCAGACGACUUCUCAAAGCUUUGAUUAUUACACCAACCCAGUGGCUGCGUAUUAUGGGAACAAGCACAGUAGCCAGGUUUGCAGACCAAUGAAACGUUUCCCUCACCUUUCCUUCAACCCCAUAUAAACCACUCGCCAAAUGCGCAAAUGCAACAACCACAGGGAUCCUAUGCAAGUUCUAAUCAUGCUUAUUCAUCUAACCCACCACAAACUAGCUCUUUAACCUACCCGAGUUGGAGGAUCAAUAGUCCUCACCCUAGAGGUUACUCUGCCCCACAAGGUGUCGGUUUUCCUAGCCCGCAAACCCACUUCGCCAAUGGUUCAGGACAAGGCGGCUACCCUAGUCCUGGCUCUAGUCCCCAUUUCACCAACAACCCAGGUCGUGGUUCAGGACGAGGUUACCCUAGCCCUGGACCCAACUUCAGAAAUAGUCCCCAUUUUGCCAACAGCCCAGGUCAUGGUCCAGGACGCGGCUACCUUAGUCCUGGACCCAACUUCAGGAAUAGCCCCAACCAUGCCUCGGGUCAAGGAGCGUACCCUAGCUCAGGUCCAAGUUCCGGGAGAGGGAGAGGCGGUGGGCCUAGACAGGGCGGAGGGCGAGGACGGGGCCAUAAUCAUGUAUCUGCAGAAGACCGGCUUGAUCGUUUCUACACUAAGUCAAUGGUGGAAGACCCUUGGAAGUUUCUAGAACCUGUAAUUUGGAAGUCACUCAAAAAGCAGCGGUUUCCACCUGUUAAUGGGAAAAAACCUCGAGUUUCAGAAUCUCCAAGAAUGUCUAGUUCACAACCUAGCCUUGCUGAAAUCUUGGUUGCGUCUUUAAAUGAAGCUACAGACGAUAAACCCAACGCAGAAUGAUAGGGUUCAAGCUAGAUAUCCUUAGGCUUGAUUGUUACUCUUUUAGCAUGAAUCGCCCACAGAUUAGUGUCCAACAAUGUGUGCUUCAGUAGGCUCCUGGAGGGCAGCUAUAGCAGAGCUCCGAAAUCAUAGAUCUGUUUUGAAAUCCUGAGCGAUUUCUAUCAUAAGCCUC